UCUCUCUCUCUCUCUCAAUCUUGUCUUGUUUAUUUCUCUAAAAAAUGCCGUCUUCUUCUCUACCAACCACUACUGUGAUCUCAAAAUGCCCUGUCUUUCCCGAUCAAAAAUCCACCAUGUCCGACCUCAAGCUCUCAGUCUCUGACCUUCCCAUGCUUUCAUGUCACUACAUCCAAAAAGGCUGUCUCUUUCCUCGCCCUAAUCUCCACACUGAUUCAUUACUCUCUCUCCUCAAAAAUGGUCUUUCCCGUACUCUUUCUCUCUUCCCUCCCUUCGCCGGUAGAUUCAAAACAGACACCCAAGGCUAUAUCUACAUCACCUGUAACGACGCCGGCGCCGAUUUCGUCUAUGCCACCGCCGCCAACAUCCACAUCCGCGAUAUUCUCUCCCCUCUUCACGUCCCUGAAUCGGUCAAAGGGUUUUUCUCCCUUGAUUCCACCGUUAGUUACCAAGGCCAUUUCAAACCCUUAUUGCUUGUUCAGUUGACGAUUCUCGCCGACGGAAUCUUCAUCGGCUGUUCAGUUAACCACGCCGUCGUUGACGGAACUUCGUUCUGGAAUUUCUUUAAUACGUUCGCGGAGGUUUGUAGAAUUGGGGCAAGGAGAAUUACCAGAUCGCCGGAUUUUCGGAGGGAAUCUGUGUUAAUCUCGUCGGCGGUGUUGAAUAUACCGGAGGGUGGGCCUAAAGUGACGUUUAACGCAGACGCGCCGAUUAAAGAAAGGAUUUUUAGUUUCAGUCGUGAAUCAAUUCAGAAGCUGAAAGCUGAAACAAACGGCCGGAAAUGGAUUGACUUCGUCGUCGGCGGAGAAAUCGAUGUCGCCGAGUUGAUGGGUAAGAUCAGUAACGAUUCUAAUAUCAAACUCUGGAACGAAACAAUCUCGAAAUCGGAUAUUUCUUCAUUCCAAUCUCUGUGCGCGCUAUUAUGGAAAGCGAUAACAAAAGCGAGGAAAUUCCCGUCGGAGAAGAUGACGACUUUCCGUAUGGCAGUAAAUUGCCGGCAGAGAUUGGAGCCGAAAUUGGAAGCGUAUUAUUUUGGGAACGCUAUACAGAGUAUUCCGACGUACGUGUCAGCCGGUGAUGUGGUGAACAGGGAUUUACGGUGGUGCGCGGAGCAGCUGAACAAGAACGUGUUGGCUCAUGGGGACCUUACUGUGAGGCGAUGCAUAGAGGAUUGGGAAAGGGACCCACGAUGUUUCCCGUUAGGGAACUUUGACGGCGGGAUGAUAACUAUGGGAUCAUCGCCGCGAUUUCCAAUGUUCGACAACGAUUUCGGAUGGGGAAAGCCGUUGGCGAUUAGAAGCGGACGGGCGAAUAAGUUUGACGGUAAGAUCUCGGCUUUUCCUGGUCGGGAAGGAAGCGGCACCGUUGAUUUGGAAGUGGUAUUAGCACCGGAGACUAUGGCGGGUCUGGAGUCCGACCCGGAGUUUAUGCAAUAUGUAACGGGUUAUUGAAAAUAGUUUUUUUCUUUUUUCUUUUUUAAUUUUAACUGUAUUUCU